AUGGUGAAUUUUGAGGCCUCGUUAGGCGGUGGUGGUGGUGAUUAUUUGGCGAGAGAAAAAGUGUCGGUCUCGCUUGUACCACGGUAUGGCGUGGAACAAGGGAUGUUGAGCGUCGAGAAGCUGCGAAAGAUCUGGGAAGGGGAGGUGUCUGACGAGGCAUGGGAGGCUGUGGAGAUUGUGGACUGGGAAAGGCUGCGGUUUCGGCGCCAGGUCCACGAUGUGAUAUCUCUCGUCACGGUAGAUGUUGAUGGGGCCGAACGGGAACCGGGCGAGAAGCCUGGCAGCAGCAAGGAGGCCGUGUUCAAGUGUGUCCUGCAGGAGCAGCGGUACAUGUACAACGAGCUCAAGAUGCUGUUGCUGCUGGACCGUCACCCGAAUGUCAUUUCUCGUGUGGUUGGCGUGGUGACGAAAAGGGGGCGGUUUGGAGCCAAGAGGGGCGUGUGCGGAUUGCUUCUGGAGUGGUUUCCGCUUGGAUCUCUGAGGGGGAUGCUUCUCCGGGAUGAUUACCACGAAAGGGUGUCAGUGCCUCAGAAGUUGCGAUGGGCAACGCAGAUCACCGAGGCCUUAAUUCACGUCAACAGCCUGGAACACGCAGGCUUCUACUCCGACCUCAAGCCCGACAAUCUUGUCUUGAAGAGGGACGGCCACAGCGGGAUGUUGGAUGCGGUGCUCAUCGACCUGGAGCAGCGAGGGGGAUGGUUCUCAUGGAGUCCGCCCGAGGUGACGUAUCUGGAAUAUCUCGAGGUUCUCCUCAAGAACAGGAUUACCGAGCAGCUCAAGGAGUAUUACGACGACCCCGAAUGGCUACCCGCGCCGAACAACCAACGAUACAGCAACGCACAAGGUGGGUUCAGCUCACCGUGGCGGGCUCUGUUGAAGGAGCGGAAGCUUCCAGGAUCUCGAUCCCGCCGUUUGGAACAGGCCCAGGUUUUCAUGCUCGGCAAGUUGUUGUGGUGCAUCUUUGAGGGACAGCCGCGGGUCCGAUGUGGCCUCGACCAUGAGCUCCUACGUGACCCCAGUUUGCACUAUGAUGCGGAGAGAACUGAGAGAGUCAAGGGCUUUCCGGAAUUCAAGCAUACUCCGCCUUCUCUCCAACAAUUAAUCAAGGAAUGUACAGCCGGAGCUCAGGAGUGGGACAGCGAGACGACGGCUCUCUCCCCAACGGUAUUGCUCUGCAGUGGAAAGCUUUAUGCUGGACACUCUGGUUGUACUCCAGACAGCCAUGUGAAGGACACCGUAAUGGCCGGAAGAGGGUUUUGGGUUGCCCAGCUCGAGCGUGCUCAGGAGUUUCUAAGAGGGCAGCUCUCGCUCCGGGGCAGAACAGAGAGUGGCCAGGGAAAUAGGUCGGGGAGCCUGGCCUCGCGAGCGAGUCUUGAUCCCUCAGACCAAGUUGAAAGGCGGCCACGCUUUCAGCAUGUCCUGGAGACUUUACGUUGUAGGUAUUGA